AUGUCCAGCUAUUACAAACUUCAUCUUCACAAUGUCAAGAUAUUACAAACUUCAUCUUCACAAUGUCCAGCUAUUACAAACUUCAUCUUCACAAUGUCAAGUUAUUACAAACUUCAUCUUCACAAUGUCAAGAUAUUACAAACUACAUCUUCACAAUGUCAAGCUAUUACUAACUUCAUCUUCACAAUGUCAAGCUAUUACAAACUACAUCUUCACAAUGUCAAGUUAUUACAAACUUCAUCUUCACAAUGUCCAGCUAUUACAAACUUCAUCUUCACAAUGUCAAGAUAUUACAAACUUCAUCUUCACAAUGUCAAGCUAUUACAAACUACAUCUUCACAAUGUCAAGCUAUUACAAACUUCAUCUUCACAAUGUCAAGCUAUUACAAACUACAUCUUCACAAUGUCAAGCUAUUACAAACUACAUCUCCACAAUGUCAAGCUAUUACAAACUUCAUCUUCACAAUGUCAAGCUAUUACAAACUACAUCUUCACAAUGUCAAGCUAUUACAAACUACAUCUUCACAAUGUCAAGCUAUUACAAACUUCAUCAUCACAAUGUCAAGUUAUUACAAACUACAUCUUCACAAUGUCAAGCUAUUACAAACUACAUCUUCACAAUGUCAAGCUAUUACAAACUACAUCUUAACAAUGUCAAGCUAUUACAAACUACAUCUUCACAAUGUCAAGCUAUUACAAACUUGA